GUUGCAGUGCACAAUCUGAUAGGGUAGAACGUUAUGGAGUAAGUUUUACAAGUGUCAAAAGUAGAUAAAUCAAAAUGGAUGCAGGAUUACAGCCUAUUAUUGAAGAUAUUGAUGUAGAGCAAUCCUUUGGAGGAAUAAAAACAUGGACACUGCAGGAAACAUGCACUGGUCUUGCUAUAAUCCUAGCUACCUACCUGAUAUUAGUAGUGAAGGUCUUACCAGCUUACAUGAAAAACCGGGAGCCGUUGAAGCUAAAAAACAUUUUGCUAGCAUACAACGCCUUCCAAGUCGCCUUCUCAGUGUAUUUAGUUUUCAUCUACCUAAGAUACAUUUACCGGUUUAAUAUCAUAACGACGAGAUGUCCAAAAGGAGAAGAUCUUCAAGGGGUAAUCAACGAGAUCUACCCAUACUUCAUAGCGAAACACUUAGACUUACUUGACACGGUCUUCUUCGUCCUCCGAAAGAAAGAUAACCAAGUAACCUUCCUCCACCUGUACCACCACACAGCCAUGGUGACCUGGACCUGGCUGCACUUGAUGUACCAUCCGACAGACAAUUUUGUGGUCGUCGGUAUGCUCAACAGCUUCGUCCAUGUCCUCAUGUAUGCGUAUUAUGGAAUAUCCUCUUUAGGACCUGAUUACGCUAAGUAUAUUUGGUGGAAGAAGCAUCUGACGAAGGUCCAGUUGGUCCAGUUCAUCCUGGUGGUCUCUCACCUCCACUACCAACAGAAGCUGACCUCUUGCCCCCUCCCCAAUUUCUUCCACAACUACUCCAUGUUCGUAAUCUGCUCUUUCUUCGCUUUAUUCAUGAAGUUCUACGUCGACAGCUACAGAAGCAAAUCCAGAAAGCUGAAAGAGACGGAGAGGAAUAAGAACUCGGAAUAUGUUGAUGAGAGAUUAAUUAAAGCCAGAUAGUGUUAAUAGGUUUAAGAUUAAAGUAAUUUUAUUUGG